GGCCCCGGUAAUCUAUUCUGCCGCGUCACGACAAAGCAAAUAGGAUGCUCGUGGUUUGUUAGCAUGGAUAUAAUAUAAACUGCGCCCCUGUGAGGAAUAAUUAUCUGGCAGGGCUUCCCGACUGCUAAACAUGUGACCAUAGCGUGUCAAUUCGUGGUUUUUCUGCACCGCACUUUUCAGACCUGACAGAAAUAGUGAAAAGAACAGUUGACUACCACCAUUCCAUACACACGGAUCCAUUAUUGUUCACGCAACAGAACAUGGACAUCAAGGACCAAGGAGCUCAAAUGGAACCGCUGCUGCCAACGGUGUCAACUCCUGGACGCAGAAGUGUGAGAAAUGAUGAAGAGGCUGUGGUGGACAGAGGUGGAACCCGGUCCAUGCUGAAAACCAACUUUGAAAAGGAGGAACUCGAAGGUCACAGGACACUCUACAUCGGGGUACAUGUCCCCCUGGGAAGGAAGAGCCAUCGGAGGCAUCGGCAUCAUGGACAUAGACACAGGAAGAGGAGCAGGGAGCGGGACUCUGGAGUGGAGGAUGGAAGAGAGUCUCCCACAUACAACACGCCAUCCCAGAGAGUGCAGUUCCUCCUGGGCACAGAGGAUGACGACGAGGAGCACAUCCCCCAUGACCUCUUCACUGAGCUGGACGAGAUCUGCCUGAAAGACGGAGAGGAAGCCGAGUGGAGGGAAACCGCCAGGUGGCUGAAGUUUGAGGAGGAUGUGGAGGAUGGAGGGGAGCGCUGGAGUAAGCCCUACGUGGCUACGCUGUCCCUGCACAGCCUGUUCGAGCUGCGCAGCUGCAUCCUCAAUGGCGUCGUGCUGCUCGACAUGAGGGCCAACUCUGUGGAGGAGGUAGCAGACAUGGUGUUGGACCAGCAGGAGACCACAGGUCCACUGGGGGACGAGGUGAGGAGGAAGGUGAGAGAGACCCUCCUCAAAACGCACCAUCACCAGAACCAGAAGAAGUUGGCCAAUCGCAUCCCCAUUGUCCGCUCCUUCGCUGACAUUGGCAAGAAGCAGUCCGAGCCCCACUCCAUGGACAAGAACGGUCAGGUGAUUUCUCCCCAGACCUCUCUGCCUGUCCCCAAUGAUGGCAAACCUGAAGUGAGCAGAGAGAACAGCGCUGUGGACUUCAGUAAGAUCGACCUCCAUUUCAUGAAGAAGAUUCCGCCGGGAGCGGAAGCGUCCAACGUGUUGGUGGGGGAGGCGGAGUUCCUAGACAAACCUGUGGUGGCGUUCGUACGUCUCUCACCUGCGGUCAUGCUCAACGGGCUGGCUGAGGUCCCCAUCGUCACCAGGUUCUUGUUCAUUCUGCUGGGGCCUCUGGGGAAAGGGCCACAGUACCAUGAGAUUGGCCGAUCCAUUGCAACUCUCAUGACAGACGAGGUUUUCCAUGAUGUCGCCUACAAAGCGAAGGACCGCACUGAUCUGAUUGCUGGAAUCGAUGAGUUCCUUGACCAAGUGACUGUCCUGCCACCGGGGGAGUGGGAUCCCUCUAUAAGAAUAGAGCCACCAAAAAACGUACCGUCUCAAGAGAAGAGGAGGAGUGCAGCGCAGUGCGGCACAGACCCAGGGGAUGAAGAGGAGGAGGACGAGGGACACGGGGGUCCGGAGCUGCAGCGGACAGGACGAUUCUGUGGUGGCCUCCUGUUGGACAUCAAACGCAAGGCGCCGCACUACCUGUCUGACUACACAGACGCUGUCAGCCUGCAGUGCUUGGCCUCCUUCCUCUUCCUGUACUGUGCAUGCAUGUCGCCUGUCAUCACGUUCGGGGGCCUACUAGGAGAGGCAACAGAAGGACGCAUAAGUGCAAUCGAAUCGCUUUUUGGCGCCUCAAUGACGGGAAUAGCCUAUUCCCUGUUUGCUGGCCAGCCACUCACCAUUUUGGGCAGCACAGGGCCUGUACUGGUGUUUGAGAAGAUAUUGUACAAAUUCUGCAAGGAGUAUGGAUUAUCCUACCUCUCACUGAGAACCUGUAUAGGGCUGUGGACAGCGUUCCUCUGCCUGGUCCUAGUGGCCACAGAUGCCAGCUCCCUGGUCUGUUACAUCACCCGCUUCACAGAGGAGGCCUUCGCCUCGCUCAUCUGCAUCAUCUUCAUCUACGAGGCCUUGGAGAAGCUCAUCCACCUGGGGGAACACUACCCCAUCAACAUGAACAACAACCUGGACAAACUCACACAGUACUCGUGUUCUUGUGUUGAACCUCCGGAUCCAAGCAAUGCCACCAUACAGUACUGGGAGCAGAACAACGUCACUGCUUCUGAGGUCUACUGGGAGGCACUCGAGGUUAAGGACUGCAUGGAGAAAAGAGGAGAGUUUGUGGGCAGUGCCUGUGGCCCUCACGGACCCUAUAUUCCAGAUGUUCUCUUCUGGUCCGUGGUUCUCUUCUUCUCCACUGUCUUCAUGUCAGCGUUCCUAAAGGAGUUCAAGUUCAGCCGUUACUUUCCCACCAAGUUGAGAGCUGUCAUCAGUGACUUUGCUGUGUUCAUCACCAUCUUUACCAUGGUCCUGGUGGACUAUGCCUUAGGGGUCCCAUCUCCAAAACUAAAAGUCCCCAGUGUGUUCAAGCCGACCAGAGAUGACCGUGGUUGGUUGAUCAGCCCGUUAGGCGGCAACCCUUGGUGGACCACCAUCGUGACAGUGAUCCCUGCUCUGCUCUGCACCAUCCUCAUCUUCAUGGACCAGCAGAUCACCGCGGUCAUCAUCAACAGGAAGGAGCACAAACUAAAGAAAGGCUGCGGGUACCAUUUGGACUUGUUCGUGGUGGGUGUCAUGCUGGGGGUAUGUUCCAUCAUGGGUUUGCCCUGGUUCGUGGCUGCCACCGUUCUCUCCAUCUCCCACGUCAACAGUCUGAAGCUGGAGUCGGAGUGCUCGGCCCCCGGGGAACAACCCAAGUUCCUGGGCAUCCGCGAGCAGCGCUUCACUGGCCUCAUGAUCUUCCUACUCAUGGGCUGCUCGGUGUUCAUGACCUCUGUGCUCAAGUACAUUCCCAUGCCUGUGUUGUAUGGAGUAUUCCUGUACAUGGGAGCAUCUUCACUCAGAGGAAUACAGUUGUUUGACCGUCUGAAGCUGUUUGGCAUGCCAGCCAAGCACCAGCCUGACUUCAUCUACCUGAGACACGUUCCCCUGCGGAAGGUCCAUCUCUUCACCAUCAUCCAGCUCAGCUGCCUGGUCAUGCUCUGGGUCAUCAAGACCUCCAAUUAUGCCAUCGUCUUCCCAAUGAUGGUGUUGGCGCUGGUGUUCAUUCGGAAAUUGAUGGAUUGCUUCUUCACCAAGAGAGAGAUGAGCUGGCUGGAUGAUCUAAUGCCAGAGAGUAAGAAGAAGAAACUGGAGGAUGCUGAAGAAGAGGAGGAGGAGCAAAGUAUUUUGGGAGAGGAAGAUGGAGUAGUGCAGGUGCCGUUAGAAGGAUAUCAAAAGAGUGAAUCCGCACUCAACAUCACUGAUGAAAUGUCCAGAGGCUCUUUUGGAAACACGUGGAAUGUCAACUCUGACAACUCUAAAAAAGAGCUAGACUCAAAAAGUUCCCUCAUAUCCUCAUAGAUGCUGAAUCCACCAAAGCUUAUCCAUGAACAGUGGUAGGAAAGAAAAGAAGAGAAGAAAGAUGAGGAAGGGCUGCUUCGACAGGGAGUCAAGUUUAUGACUUUUCCCCUUCACUGUGUUUUAAGCAAAUCAAUAUUGUGUGCCACAGUUUACCAUUCCUUUAUGUUUUGUCUUGUAAAUCUUUGUGUGUUCAAAAGCUUAAAACAGUCUUUUUUUUAAAGUUGACGUGUCCAAAACGGCUUCUUUGUGAGGGAACCUAAAGACAUUUAUUUAUUGUAUGUAUUUUGUAUGUUUUUGUAUUUUUUCCAGUAUCAUAAUAUUACAGCUGUUUGAAGUUGAUCAAUUAUCCAACUAGAUAAACACUCCAUUUAAAAGUUUGUGCAAUACUGCAGUUAAAGACUAUGAAAGCAAGUAUAUAUAUAUAUACAGUGGGGCAAAAAAGUAUUUAGUCAGCCACCAAUUGUGCAAGUUCUCCCACUUAAAAAGAUGAGAGAGGCCUGUAAUUUUCAUCAUCGGUACACUUCAACUAUGACAGACAAAAUGAGGGGAAAAAAUCCAGAAAAUCACACUGUAGGAUUUUUUAUUAAUGUAUUUGCAAAUUAUGGUGGAAAAUAAGUCAAAUGACAGGCCUCUCUCAUCUUUUUUUUUAGUGGGAGAACUUGCACAAUUGGUGGCUGACUAAAUACUUUUUUGCCCCACUGUAUGUAUAUAUAUAUCAUUGAUGAAUUCAUCUAGGCAAAGUCAAAAUGUACUUUAUGCAUGACAUUUUAUUUAAUGAAGUAUUAUAAAAUAUACUGCAUCUGCUUGAAUUUCAAAGUGCGAUAAAUGUGAAGGAAAAUCUACAGUAUCGGUGUUUGAGCAUUCGCAUUUUGAUUUCAGCUUUUUGCAAAUUGUCUUUAAGCUUUGAAUAUUGUAUUACUACCAAUAAAAUGUAUUACUACCAGCAAGGAGAUUAGUUGAAAAUAGCUUUUUAUUUAUUUUAUUUAUGGUUGGCAACAUGUUCUUGUACAAAGAGCAAGCAUUGCAUUGAGCAUUUGAAUAGUAAAAAGCCUGACUUAAGUUGUAGAAUACUGUUAUGCAUAUCAAUAGAUAGUAUUGAAACAAAGAAGAAAAUAAAAUCCUGGCUUUAGUUGAAAUCAAAAUAUUUGUUUUCAUAGUUCUACGGCCAAAGUUGAAAUAGUUGCAGUUAUUGCAUUAUAUCAAUAUUUUUCAUGCUGCAAAGUACAUGCUUGUGUUUCAUUUUACGUUUGUUGUUUGUCAUGGGCCAUUGUGUGUGCCCAGGAAUGAUUGUCCAUUCAAUAACUAAAGAUGAAGCUCAACUAAUACUUGAAGGCGUCUGCGAAAGGGAGACAUACAUGGCUAUAGAAACAAUUGCAAUAGCACUUUUUCUAGAAGGGGAAAAUGUAUAGUAUAUUUAUUGUUAUAACAUUUUUGAAACUAUUUCCUUUUUACAAUGACAAAAAAAAUGUAUUUGUUCACAUAUAAUUCGCCAUGCCUAUUUGUCUAUAAUACAUACCCGUUGCUUCAUUUUAAAGUAUCAGUAUCUGCAAAAUAUUUUUAAAUCUCUUGUUGAACAUUUCUAGUACUACUCGUUACUCAUUUUUACUUAGCUCGGGAAUGAAUUUGUUUAAAUAGUCACUCAAUCAGUUUUGUUUGUGACCUAAAUCAUUGUAAGGAAAUAUGGCUCUGGAAAACAUGAUGCUGUUUCUGCUUCUAAGUUGUUAUUGGUCUUUAGAGCUGAUGUAUUACUGUUUAUGAUGUAUCUUGUACAUGUACAUUUACUAUGAAACUAUAAACCUCAAAUGUAAUACA